CAAUUAUUAUUCCAUUGUUUUGUUUGUGAGUCUUUGUGCAGCUGGAAAUAGAAAGCAACUGAGUGCGGUUGUUUGGUAGUUAAAAGCUUUUUAGAACGAGACGACGAGAGAGUGACACACACUGUCAGUGUAAAUCUGUAUUCUUCUCCAAAGCAACUUCACUUCAGAGUACACAGUCAGACAUGGUCAGAAAACAUGGCUGGCAAUUGCCAGCUCAUACUUUUCAGGUUGUCGCAAUCACUGUAUUCUGCUUGUUGGUGAUUGCUUUCUAUGCUUUCCUUGCUCCGUUUCUUGGAGGUCGUAUAUGGGAAUACACCUUUAUUGGUGUUUACUCUCCUGUGGCACUCAUUGUUUUCAUUCUUUAUGUUAGAUGUACUGCAAUUAACCCUGCGGAUCCAGGCAUUAUGUCUAAAUUUGACCCUAGAGUGAGAAAUAAGUUUGACUCUGCCCAUGAUUUAUUGGGUAAGCAUCAAUCUUCUGAACAUGGUGGUGUUGCUGCAGGGGAGCAUUCUUCCCCGUCAUCUGCUGCUUCUAAAAGGUCUAUGACAAAUAUGAGCAAGAAAAGUUCAGUGGAAGGUCCUGAUAGAGUAGAUGAUUUGAGAAAUCAGAACAACCCAAACUCAUGUGAUGUGAUUGGGGGAAUUUUGUGCAUAUUAUUUUCUCAUGAAGAUUGCCGGAAACAAGAAGCAACAGCUGAUGAACAAGGUGGUGGGGAAGAUGCUCUGUUCUGCACUUUGUGCAAUUCUGAGGUGCGCAAGUUCAGUAAACAUUGUAGAAGUUGUGAUAAAUGUGUUGAUGGCUUCGAUCACCAUUGUCGGUGGCUUAACAACUGUGUGGGUCAGAAAAACUACCAUUCUUUUAUUUCUCUUAUGGCCUUCAGUCUCGCGUGGCUUGUUAUUGAAGCUGGAGUCGGUAUUGCUGUUAUAGUGCGUUUCUUCGUUAACAAGAGAGGAAUGGAAUCUGAAAUCAUUGAUAGACUUGGAAAUGGAUUCUCUCGUCCCCCAUUUGCUGCAGUUGUGAUGGUGUGUACUGCAGUUUCCGUCUUGGCUUGUGUGCCUUUGGGUGAGCUUUUCUUUUUCCACAUGAUCCUAAUCAGGAAGGGAAUCACAACCUAUGAAUAUGUUGUAGCAAUGAGAGCCAUGAGCGAAGCACCUGCGGAUGGGGAUAUUCCACAUAAUGCACUUUACUCUCCAACAGGCUCAACUACAACUGGAUUGAGUGGAGGAAGUUCUCUUGGGUUGCAGUACAAAGGGGCAUGGUGCACCCCUCCUAGGGUAUUUGUGGAUUAUCAGGAUGAAGUUGUGCCUCACUUGGAACCUGGAAUGCUGCCAUCUACUGUUGAUCCAGAUGCAGCUGGUUUUGCAGAAAGAGGGCAAAAGAUGCCAAAAAGACCUGUUCGUAUUAGUGCUUGGAAGCUUGCUAAGUUGGAUUCUCAAGAGGCGGUGAGAGCAGCUGCAAAAGCCAGGGCAUCUUCCUCAGUUUUACGACCUGUAGAUAGCCAUCGUCCACUUGAUGCCGAAUUAAGCUCUAGCGGCAACUUGAGCAUCAGAAGUAGUAUGAGCACAGAGACUGGAAUUAAUAAGGAAACAAAAUAUGAUUUGAGAUUGUCUCCAGUGAGGAAUUCGAUUGCUCCUAGUCAAGGAAGCCGUGACGAGUAUGAAACUGGAACUCAGAGUAUGAGUAGUUUCAGUAGUCCAAGCCAUGUUCAAGAGGCAGUUACACUCAGCCCUCUUCCCCAGGGGCGCACUUUGGGUGGCUUCAGGGCUGGUACUUCAGUUCCUAGUUUGGUGCCUGAGCGGCCUUUAGCUUCUAAAGCUACAUUGCCGAACUUCAAGAACCCGAUAUCCAAUCCUUCUCUUGGAUUUGAUGGAACAGUGAUGCCGAAGGGAACAAGUAACGACCCAUUACUGCUUUCAGCUUCCAGCACGUCCAUUCUGAGAGAUGUGAAACGUACAUCAGUUGUCUGGGAUCAAGAAGCUGGCAGAUAUGUCUCGGUUCCGUCAUUACCUUUAGAAGCUCGAAAUAGGUCAUCCCUGCAAGUAGAAUUGCCAAAUUCAAUUGCUGAAACAAGCAGUAUUGGAAGGAAACCAGUGAUACCUCUGCAGGAGCCGAGGAAACCAGUGAUACCCCGGCAGGAACCGUCGUCAUCUGCACCUAAGUCUCCAAGGCAGCAUGCGCAGAAUCUGAUGUAUACAGGAGAGUCUAUCUUUUUUGGUGGUCCAUUUUUGAGCGUGGCUGCUAAGGAUGGUUUAAAAAAUGAAAGACAUUUGGGGUCAGCGGAGGCCCAUGAUAGUAUAGCAGUAAACUUGCCCCAAGAGCCAAGAUAUAGAAGAGAUUCACAUUCAAAUCAGCUUCCAGUGUUUGUUCCUGGUGGUUUUGAUACUGCUCUUCAACCUCGGUCAGGCAUGAAUUAGCUUAAGAUGAUUGAGAUUCUGAGUUGGACACAGUUUUUUGUUGGAGUCUAAAGGAUAGUGAAGAAGGUUUAGAUGUUAAAAGGAUCCCGUAGACACCAUGUUGGCCUUUCUGACUAUACAUUAUGGCGCACGACAACAUUCUCGAAUUCUCGACUCCAUCAGCUAAUCGGUUGUUUAUCAAAUCAACAUUUAGGUUGGACAUCUGUCAUCUGGCAGUCUGUAUAUUUGAGCUACAUUUCAAUGCCAGUGAGCGUUUGAAAGAAUGAGCUCCAUUCUUCUUCCUGCUGAACAUGCCUUGAGAAAUGUGAAUCUUCCGUUUUGUAGUAAGAUGAAAUCUCAAUGCAGGGCAUGUCACUUCAUUAAGCCCCAGUUCUUAAUAUAAGUCAUUGUAUUGUAGUUUUUGUUUCCCUAGAUGCUAAAAUUGAGUGAUACAUUUUAAAGGUGUAGUGUUUUCAGCAAAAAAUUAAUCAUUUAGAAUGUGAUAAACUAUUUUAUAUUUCAAAAUACAUUUUGCUUUCUACAAGGUAAA